GCCAACAGGGACUAUUUAAAUGCUGCAAAUCAGAGACUCACACAGAAGACCAGAUACUAUUUUGAAGAGCUACACAGAGACAACAAUGUCAUCACUAAAAGGUUUGUGGCUCAUGCCUGUGAUGCCAGUGGUUUGGAGGCCAAGGUGGAAGGAUCGCUUAAGAUGAGGAGUUUCAGACCAGCCUGGGCAACAUAGUGAGACCCUGUCUGUACCCACAAUUUAAAGAUUAUAAAAGCAUGCUGGUGUGCACCUUCAUUCACAACUACUCAGGAGGUUUUGGCAGGCGGAUCACUUGAGUCCCGGAGUUUGAGGCCACAGUGAGCUGUGACCAUGCCACUGCAAUCCAGGCUCGGCGACAGAGUAAGAUUCUGCAUCAAAAAGACCCAACCCCAACACCAAACAGAGAAAUGAAAAUCAAACAAUAUUCAGAUUACCUCCAAUCGCUUCCCUGGCCCACACUCUUCAUGUGUGCAGGUGCUGGGGCUGUGCUGCCAGCAAUGUGUCCCCUUCUGGGAAGGACGUCCAUGGCCUUGAUGAUUGUGAUGCAUGUGCCUCCCACACACAGGGGUUUCCAGUUCUUCUAGCAUUUCCCUCUCUCUUUCAACAAGUGUUGUUUCUCACUGGAGUGAAUCUCUCUACUGUUACAUCCUCACAUCUUGUUUUCACAGCUUCAGUGUUGAAAAUAAUCACAGGUCGGUGUUCCAGAAGCAACCUCCCUGUUCUAUUGGGUAACCCCCAACAGGCUCCAUGCAUGGCAGAGAUUAGGGUAAAACUUUCCACAUAUAUUAAUUCAUUUAUUACUGGGAAAACCCUACAAAGCAGAAAUUUCUGCUUAUCCUCCUUGUCCUGGGGAAACUGAGGCAGGGAGCAUUCAAGUAAUGGAUCUGAGAUGGCAUUGCUAGUAAGAGGCAGAAUGAAGACUGGAACCAAGGCAGCAUGGAUCCUGAACCGUUGCUGUCAGGUACCACACACAUGGCCUGUGUCCUUGUCUACUGGUUCUUGUGUGACAAUCACAGGGACACCGAUGAUCCCUUUCGUGAUGGUAAACCAUUUAACCUGUGCAUUUCCGUGCUGGCCAAUGAGUACCAGGUAACGGUAAAUGGCCAACACGCUUACAGCUUUACCCACCGACUCCCACCAUCUUAUGUGAAGAUGGUGCAAGUGUGGAGAGAUGUCUCCAUGACCUCAGUGUCUGUCUGUAAUUGAUGAAAUGAUCACAUUCAUCAUGGUCAAAGAAUCCCUCUUUCUCUGCGACCAUGGCAUUCCCAGAGCCUGCUAACAGAAUGAUCACUCCUCAGCCCUUCCUCUACACUUGGUCAUUAAAACUUCACCAAAUUUUCCAGAAUUUGGUUCUUACUUUCAUGGGGAAAACGACAAAGUGGCAGAAGGACACAAGUGACACAAGGCCACUGGGAUGUCUGAGAUGACAUACGAAGGCAUCCUUUUACCUAUGCCCGUAUUUUACGUCAGAUACCCUGAACCAAAAUUCUUCCUUCAUUGCAGAUGACUCACUCCAGUGAAAUGUUGGGUAGCUGUUUACAACCUCACAGGCAUAAUUGAUUUUGGGGAGAAGCUUUGUAAUUUGAGGAAAGUCAUAUGAAAUGUCUUCAUUCUUGCACUCAUUCUAAGGAUGUUUCUUGUGUCUUAACACUGUGUCUGGCUUUGUGCAGGAAGCACUGAAAAAAAUCGAGGAAAUACUGAUCAAGUUUGCACCUGAAAUUUUGUUGUUGUUGUUGUUUGAGACAAGUUCUUGCUCUGUCAUUCAGGCUGGACUGCAGUGGCACCAUUAAGGCUCACUGCAACCUCAACACCUGGGCUCAAAAAUUCCUCCUGCCUCAGCCCCCCAAGUAGCUGAGACCACAGGUGAGCACCACCAUGGUCAGCUAAUUUCUGCAUUUUUUUUUUUUUUUUUUUUGUAGAGAUGGGGCUUUGCCAUGUUGCCCAGGCUGGACUCAAACUCCUGAAGUCAAGCAAUCCAGCAACCUCAGCCCCCCAAAUUGCUGGCAUUACAAGUGUGAGCCCCUGUGCUUGGCCUGUACCUGAAAAUUUCAAUCCAAGCCAUAGUUAGAGAACCACAAGAGUUCAAUAAUUUCCCUCAAAGAAUCCCUUUGUCAUGUUCAAAGAACUGCCAGAUUUUUCUAUUUUAUGUGGGCAGAAUCCUGGAUCUCCUCUUUGGAAAUAAAUGGUCAUAGUUUUCUAUCAGAAAA